UUUGUUCUUUGGUCCUUUUUAUAUUUUUAAACGAUUUCUGGAUUGCACUUUUGACGGAGUUCACCGAGCAGCCCCCCCACCGCCUCUCCACGCUUCCCUGUGGAGUCAUCGCAAGACGCGAAGCCGAGGCGCCGCUAAGAUGUGAGCUCGGCCAGCCGCUGGAACUGAAGCGGACGAAGGUGCGAGGGGGCGCCCGCGUCAUGGAGGGCACGCUGUCCAGAGAGCCCGACCUCCGGCCGUUCGGCAAUUACUCGGAAAACUCGACGGCGGACAACCGCGGCGUCCCGGGCAACGGCACGGCCAACCCGCUGCUGCGGAACGAGGAGGUGGCCAAAGUGGAGGUGGCCGUGCUGGCCUCCGUCCUCUUCCUCGCCCUGACCGGCAACCUGUGCGUCCUGCUGGCCAUCCACCAGGCCAAGCCGAGCCAGUCGCGGAUGUACUUCUUCAUGAAGCACCUGAGCAUCGCCGACCUGGUGGUGGCCGUCUUUCAGGUGCUGCCGCAGCUCAUCUGGGACAUCACCUUCCGCUUCUACGGGCCCGACGUCCUCUGCCGGCUGGUCAAGUACUUACAGGUGGUCGGCAUGUUCGCGUCCACCUACAUGCUGGUGCUCAUGUCCGUGGACAGGUGCCUGGCCAUCUGCCAGCCUCUCCGCUCCCUGCACAGGCGCUCCGACCACGUCUACGUGCUGCUCUCCUGGCUGCUCAGCCUGCUCGUCAGCGUCCCUCAGGUCUACAUUUUCCGCCUGAAGGAGGUGGGCUCGGGGGUCCACGACUGCUGGGGGGACUUCGUUCAGCCCUGGGGGAUGAAGGCCUACGUGACGUGGAUCACCCUCACCAUCUACGUCAUCCCCGUGACGGUGCUCAGCGCCUGCUACGGUCUGAUCAGCUUCAAGAUCUGGCAGAACUUGAAACUCAAAACCAGGAGGGGGCAGAGCAGCCCGGCCGAGGCGUGCCGGGGGUCCGCGCUCAGCCGGGUCAGCAGCGUCAAGCUCAUCUCCAAGGCCAAGAUCAGGACGGUCAAGAUGACCUUCGUCAUCGUCGUGGCCUACGUCGUCUGCUGGACCCCCUUCUUCUUUGUGCAGAUGUGGGCGGCCUGGGACCCCGCGGCGCCGCGAGAAGCGUCGGCCUUCAUCAUCGCCAUGCUGCUCGCCAGCCUCAACAGCUGCUGUAACCCCUGGAUCUACAUGUUCUUCGCCGGCCACCUCUUCCGCGGGGUGCUGCGUCACUUCCUGUGCUGCUCCAGUCGCCGCCACCUGAAGACGUCGCAGUGCAGCUGUGAGCUCCGCUCCGGCCGGAAGGGCACCUCGUCCACACUGGUGAUGAAGAGCUCGGGCAGCCAGAGGAGCGUCACCCAGACCUCGGUGGCAUGACGGGCACACCCCUCGGGCCGUCUGUCUGACAGGUGGGGUACCCUGUGACUUUGGGACUGUGCCACCCCUCCAGUGGUGUGGCAGACCUGGUGCCACAAAUGAGUCGUCUGCCUGAUGUCACCGGCUGCCCGUGUGCCCCUCAGGGUUUGUAACAGCAGGGCACCGCCACUGGGUUGGACCCUGGGGGGGUGGCACUCUUGGGGCUGAUUGUGUGCACCCCUCCAUUUUGUGAACCACCCCCAGACUGGACGCCAUUGUUUAGGACACACAGGUGGCACGGGGGUCCGCCUGAGCUCUCCAGACUUUGUGGAGUGGUCUGCUCAUUUUGAUGUUCACAGAUGCCCUCUGGCCUGGUGGCCGACUCUAGAAGUCAUCGUCUUAUUUUCCUAUUUAUUAUAAUAAAUGUCCACUCCUCCUUCUUACUGUGUCUCCGCCCACAUGCUGCCAGUCGGGUACUUGUGGUGGGUGGCCCAGUGGUUGGUGCUGCAGAGCCCGGGGUUAGAGUGUAU